UUAGUUAUAGGAAGGCGGAGCGGUGCUUUUGGGUCUCCAUCUCUAGAGCGGUCGUAGAGGGUCGGUGGGAAGGGAGGCUGGAAGGGUAUGGGGCCUUCUUUCUCUUUCAGUUCCUCCAUCCCUCUCUCUCUAGGGGAGAAAUAAAGACUCUGGGCAGGGAAGGGUUAAACCUCUCCUUUUGGGGCAGGAAAAGGUUAAUAUGCCACCCUCUCAUCCCAGGGGAACCUUCCAGACCGGAAGGGGUUAAGCCCACCACCCCAAUCCUUAUUCCCUUUCAGGAGAACUUGUUGGGCAGGAAAGGGUUAAGUCUCUGCUUCUCUCCAGAGAGGAGGCAAAGGGGAGAACCCAGGGAGGGAGGGAGAGCUCCUUUUCUCCUCCCCGGUUUGGGAAGUCCAAAGGUGCCCAAGUGAGGCAGCACCAGUGGCAACCCAUCUGUUGAAGAGAGCCCCCUUCCACCGUUAUCCUGAAGGGCAGGCAAGGAUGCCCUGCCAGGCCUCUGGGUAGGAGGCAGGCAGGUUGCUGGACCUGCGUGGGUGCGCUUGGCGGCCAUGGAGCCUGGCUCUUGCUUCAAGAACUACGAGGACUUCCGGGAAUGCUUCAGCACCUACAAGAAAGAGAACCGGCUGCAGUACGGCCUGAAGAGCUGCGUCUCUGUCCGGUUUUACAACCGCAAGAACGGGACCCACAUCCGUGAGGAUGUCACGUUUAUGCAGGUGAAGUUUGGUUGUGUCCGGUCGAGACAAUAUAGCAAGAAGAAGCAGCAACAACCCAACUUGUGCCCGGCCUAUUUUGUCCUUCAGUAUAAUGAGGAAAUAGACCGACUAGUGAUCAGUGAGCUGAAUGGUAACCAUGUCCAUGCAGAGUCCAAGGCUUCCUUGAUCAGCUCUGAUGCCCCACCUGGAACCAGAGCGGCAGCCAGACUGGCUAGCUCUAAAGCCUGCAGCAGCCCUCCAGCUAAGCUGCGCAGGGAGCAGCCUGAAGAGUCAGAAGCCUGCAAAAUGGACAGUAACGCCAGUGUCGAGGUCGAAGUGGAGAUUGAAAUGGACUCGGAGGAGACUCCCUCUCUCCCACCUUCCCCUUGCAAGGAGCCAGAAAUCCCUCAGACUGAGAAAGACAACUCUAACUCUGCUUUGGUUCGAGUUGCCGAAGUGAUGAAGAACUUCUUGCGGGUCGAUAUGGGUUCUUUGGCCUCCAUCAGUGUUGGAAGUGACCAGGACCUGGAGAGGCUGAACUUCCAGACCAGCAAGAUGAAGAGCUUGUUUGUCAAAUUUCCUGAGAGCCUCUUGCUGCACCAGGUGCAGAGUGAGAGGGGGCACGUGCUGUAUGCUUUCCUUGUGGAGAGCAAGGACCGUGUGGGGAAGCUGGUUCACUUUGCUAUUCUGAAGGAGGACACUCAGGAGAACGCAUGGAAAAUGUUCUCUGUCUUCAAGGAGUUCAACCCUGAGUGGCAGAAGGUCAAGGUGGUCUUUGUGGACAUGUCCUUCCGCCACCGGGCUACUCUGAAGGAGCUCUUUCCUUCGGCGCAGGUCCUCCUGUCUGUCUUUCACACCGUGCGGUUCCUGGAGAAGCAGCUGAAGGAGUCUCAUGCCUCUUUCUCCUUGAAACAUAAUUUAAAGUUGGCUCUGAGGGAAGCUGUCUUCUCCACCUCCAGCUCAAAUCUGGACAUGCUCUCUCAGCAGGUGAAGCGUCUAGUAGACCAAGGCUUGUAUGAAUAUCUUCAGACCAACUGGUUCUCCUGCGAGAUGCUGUGGUACAUGCAUGCUAAGAAGGGCCUCCAUUCCUGCAGCACCUACAUAGACAGCUUGGAUCUUAUCACUCAAAAACUUUCCAACCUCUUCAGCACUCAGCUGUCCCUGGAGACGAGCAUCCUUCGCUUUGUAGAAUAUGCUGACUGCUUCAACACCAAAGGCCUAGAGAACUUGAACCAGGGCUUCUGCAGCUUGGAGAAGGACAGCCGCAGCAGCCUCAUGGAGGAACUAAAAGCCCAGACCCGUGCCUCCGUGAAACGCAGCUCGAGUACCACCUCACAGCAACCUCCAGUCAAAAAUGCCACAGAGCCUCCCAAGCAAUUCACCAAACAUAGUCCAGCCAAGCCUGUGGCCACCAUGCUGGCCGCUCUGAGGGAGACCUGCACUGACCUGGCUUACCAGUUGUGUCUGAACGAAUGGGAUGUGGUGCAGAAGUCCACCCAGCUCCUGAAUUCCACCAAGAACAAGACCACAGUUCAGUUGCUGGAGGACACUCAUCAGGUUAGCAAAGACGGCAAGAGCUGCAGUUGCUACUUCCACUGCCGCUACCAGUUGCCCUGCCGGCACAUCUUGUCCAUGCUGCUGGCUAAUAGGCAGGUAGUAGGAGAAGCCAUGGUUGGCAAGCGCUGGCAGAAGAAAUACCAGCACCUUUCAGUCUUGGGGAAGAACCUUCUUGAGUUUCCUGGGCACUCCACAGGCACACAGGGGGUGCUAGUGGCAUCAGCAUCUGAGGAGCGAGGGGACAAAAUCCAGUCUCUCAGCAAGGAACUCGGGAACCUUUUGCUGCAGAGCGACGGGGAGGAACUGGAGGAGCGCUCCUCUACCCUCAAGAUGAUUGUGAACAUCUGGACUAAGUGUUGUGAGUUGCGGGGGGAGGAGGCGUUGGAGAAGCCCCUUAAUAUCCGGAAUGUGGGGGACCUCCCCUUCCUCUGGGUAAAAAAGGAGAUGGAAGAAGUGGACGUUACGUCAGUAACUUCUGCUCCCGCUAUUGAAGACAUCCAGACUUCUCUGGCUUGAAAUCCCCCUGAGAAGUCUAGUGUGGAGUUAUGGUGGCUGGUGGUGGCCCGGACUGAGCUCCAAGCCCACAGUGAUUCUUCCCAACUAAAGAAACUCAGGGUUGCUGUUUAGCUUUUCAGCAAUAAAAUGGUCUCUUCUCUCCCCCACGGAGGCUGCUCUUAAUAAAAACUAGCAAGCAAAUCGAGGGCAGCGUGGUUGCUCCAGACCUGAACACAACAGAGGCCCGCGUUGACUAAGUGUGACACUGACCCAUGUACGCUCUUCAGGUUUUGCAGUGCAUGGCUGCAGGCCUGACAAUCAUACUUCCCAUGGAGGGCCUUCUCCGUGGAAUCUCCUGUCCUGCGAGUUCACUUUGGUGUCUUCCUUGCCAAACCUUACUCAUUGCUCUUGACUCAAAUGUAUGCUUCCUCUGCCCUCCCUUUUUUCUUUUUGUUAACGUGUCUUUUUAUGCAAACCAUCCUGCAAUGUUUGUAUUUUGGUGCUUCAUAAGAGGAGAAUCUAGGCCCAACGCAUGCAAGCAAUGCUAUCUUUGUUCCAGUUGUGUUCCUGCCUUAACGCUCCUGAGGUGCAGGCCUGCUGCUUCACAGUGGCAGACAAGGUGAUUGGGAAGGGAGGGGGGCCAUGCUGAGUUGGUGCUUGCUUGCUUUGCUCCGAAGCCUCUCCCAGCAGGGACUAGAUUUGCUGCUAUGUACUUAGAUUUGCUGCUAUGUAUUUAGAUCAAAUAUAUUGUUGAAAAUACAA